UUGCUCGAUAACUUUGAGAGUUUAUGCAACAUAGCCGUCGCCCGCCAUUUGAAACCCCGUCAUAGCAUACAACUGCCACUACUUCCCUGGAGAACAUUCAUAUUACUUCGUCAUUGUAUGGAUCACGACUCUCAUUAACUAUGUCCUCCUCAGGGCUGGAUAUCUCGCAGCUAUCUGACAGCGAAAAGUCUGCUCUCGAGACCUAUAUCGCCGUGACAAGCCAAGAACCAUCUGAAGCUAUUCCUUUAUUACGCCGAUCACAAUGGAACGUCCAGAUUGCAAUCUCCAAGUUCUUUGAUGGGGAAGGACCCGAUCCCGUCGAGGAAGCUCGCGCUGCUUUGAACAAUCCGCCUCCGCCCCGGCCUACCCGUGAAACCCGAAAUCUCAUGAGCGAUGACCUGAACGCGCAAUUCUCCCCGGCCGCUCGAGCUUCAGAACCUGCUCCUCGGAUUGUGACUCAGUCCGAGGACCACUCAGUUUACCGACCGCCUUUCUUACUGGCGCUAUUAUUUACUCCGUUCAACAUCAUAUAUCGAUUACUAUGCACCUCGUUCCGCCUCUUCAGCAGCUUAUUUCCGUUCCUGCCUCGCAUACUUAAUACCACUGCCAACCCAGCUCUGCAGGGUGCCCGAGGCCAUAACUAUGGACGUCGGCCUCUUGGACCUCAGGAUACAGCCGCCAGGUUCAUCCGGGAGUUUGAGGAGGAAUACGGGUCUAAUGCUGUGGGAUUCCUGGAAAAUGGUUACAAUAUGGCGCUGGAAAAAGCCCAUCGGGACUUGAAGUUCCUCCUAGUGGUUCUCCUUUCUUCCGAACAUGAUGAUACAAACGCCUGGGUCCGAGACACACUACUCUCGCGGGAAGUCGUUGAGUUCAUCAAAGACCCUCAGAAUGAAGUGAUUGUCUGGGGAGGCAAUGUCCAAGACUCUGAGGCAUAUCAAGUCUCGAACUCUCUCCGGUGCACGAAGUUUCCUUUUGCGGCUGUUAUUGUUCACACGCCCAAUGUGUCUUCAACUGCCAUGUCUGUCGUGUGUAGGAUUUCUGGAACAACAUCGCCAUCAGAGUUUGUGGAGAAGCUCCGAGCAGCAAUUUCACAGAAUAAAGAAGCUCUUGAAAGGAUCCGGGCCUCACGAGCGGAGCAACAGGCUUCACGCACAAUUCGGGAGCAGCAGGAUUCGGCCUACGAGCGAUCGCUGGCUAUCGACCGCGAGCGCGCUAGACAGAGACGGGAAGCUGAAGCAGCUCGGCAGCGGGCGGAGCAAGAGGCGGCCGAGCGGCAAGCGGCUGAGGAGAAACGUCUCCACGACAUUGCGCAAUGGAAGAGAUGGCGCGCGGCGUCUAUUCAGGACGAGCCUGGGCCCGAGGUCAAGGACGCCAUCCGCAUCAGUAUCCGGCUGCCUUCAGGCGAACGUGUCAUUCGAAAAUUCGCUCCCGAGGCCGACAUUGAAGAGCUCUACGCUUUUGUCGAGUGCUACGAAGUUCUGCAAGAUGCACAGGGGAAGCCUUCCGGGGUGGAAAAGCCCGCCGGGUUCGAACAUCAAUACGAUUUCCGACUCGUCUCGCCUAUGCCGCGGACGGUGUAUGAAGUCGAAGCUGGUGGAUCGAUUCGGGACAAGAUCGGUCGCGGUGGGAAUCUCCUUGUGGAACCAAUUGAUGACAGCGACGAGGAAGAGCAGGAAGUAUCCUAGGCACAUUGGAGGUCUACUGUUGAUGUACAUGGGGUUGAUAAUGACAUUAUGGUAGACAGGCGCAUUACCCCUAGCGGGUGUCGUAAUGGUUCUAUGAUGAUACACCGAUAUUCAUAUCUAUCUACAUUGUCCUUGGGCAUGACAUUCUGAUAUCUUAAGCCUUGCGUCAUACAUUUUCUAUCCAGUGCCAAAGGUCAAACUCUACCAUGCGAGUCACGGCACGUUGCACCUGAGCAUAAAUUGAAUUGACACCAUUACGACAUAAACCGAGUAAGCCA